GUUGCGCAGCUUUCUGUUUACACCGCAGCGUGGGUAACUGUGGCGGAACUCCUAUGACCGAGAAGAAGGAAUAAAAAAAAAUAUAUAUAUAAGUAGUCGACAUCUGUUUUUCUACAUAUUAAAAUGGGUAAAAAGCGGCUGAGCGAAGACUCGGCGGAGUCAAACACGCCGGCAAAAAAAGAAAAAGUUCCGGAGUUCAACGGGACUGUAUUUAAGACCAUGCUAAGGGAACCCACCACAGCCAAGAAGGGACUGGAGACGUUCAUAUCGACCGCCAGGAAGCUGCCAUGCUCCGACCUGUAUGAUGUGGUGGAAGGCUACAUCAAAAUCUCCAUGGAGUGUGCAGAAAUAUUCAAAUUGCUAGAGGGAGAAAAGCACGUUGAGAGCGAGUUGAUGCUGGCCUUCGAGAGUUUGGAGAUGAUCCUUCUGAGGACGGCCAGUGACCUGUCCCACUUCAACAUGGUCGGCAGCGCUAUUGUGAAAAAGACUGUUUCUGGCCACAUGAGACUUGUGCAGGGAUCUCUCCAUUCACAGAACCACAGGUUCGUCCGUCAGUGCCUCGGGCUCCUGUCCGCCUUGGUUUCCCAAGGCCCAGAAGCUGCUAGAGAAGUAUUAGGUCACAUUCACAUCAACAAAGCGCUGUCGGGACUGGCAAAGAGAAGGGAUAAGAAGGGAAGACCUGACGUCCGCAUGGCUUAUAUCCAGUUUGUGCUUUCCUUUUUGGUGUCUGGAGACAGUGCCACGGUUGGACAGAUAGUGGAGCUCAAAGAGCUGCUCCCAGAGAUCCUGAGUACGGGUCUGAAGGAGGACAGGAUGUCUCUCGUCAAUCUGAUACUGUCCACACUGAAGACGAGAGUGUUACUAAACAAGGCGUUGAGUAAAACACAGAAGGUGCGUUUUUUCACACCUGCUGUAUUGGCCAACAUCGCAUCUCUGUAUAAAUGGAACGGGAUUGUGGACGCAACCACUGAUGAUAACAGAAUGGUGGAGAACUCAGAGCAAGCUGGGAUAUCUGUCGUCCGGGAACUUGCUCACAGUUUCCUCCUGGACCUAUGUUGCUCUCGUAAGCAUGGCAUCAUCUUCCACGAUGCCAGCUUUGGCACAGCUGGCAGAGCGGGUAACAUUGUCUUACUUCAGUUCUUGGUGGGACUGAAGCAGGCUACAGAAGAUGAACUGGUGGCGGAGCUGGUGGUGAACAUACUGAAAGCUUGCCCUGAUAUUCUGGCCAGAUACUUCAAGGAGACUCAGUAUUCCUACACCCCCCGCCUCAAAAGUGCUUGGCAGGACAAUGUCAGAUUACUCAAAAAGAUCUAUCAGGCCCAACCAGAGGUUUCCACAGUCUUUCAGACUGGCGAGGUCAUCCCUCUUCCUCGUCUGCUCUCCAUGAUGAUGGUGAUAUCUCUUCCUCCUGUCUGUAACAAGGCCUUCUUCACACAGGGCCUCAGUUUCGCCAACACAGCAGUGCAGCUUACAACUCUGUCCAUGAUGAAUUUCAUCUUGAAAAGGGCCAAUAAGAAUAUUGAGUACCUGCUGGAUGAGUCUGAGUGGCACAGCUCAGAUGUAUACUCUCCUGACCUGAUGGGAGACUUGGUGCAGCAGUACAGGGAGACACUCAGUAAGAUUUUGCCUGAUAUGACGAGCAUAGUUGCAAAGUGGCAGUCACUCAGCAAGAAGGAAAAGAUGGAUUGUGAAGGAAACAAGACCAAAGAAGCAGGGAGCGCUGAACAGACGGAUGAUAAAAAUGAAGUGCCCGCAGUGUCUGAGACAGCUGAGGUCAUCCUGCUCAAGGCUCUGAUUCUUAAGGUUGUUUGUCUUUACCAGAAAGUAGUGCCACACCUGGUUAGUCAGUGCAAAUUUGACUUCAGCAAGCUCUUAAAAGGGAUUGUGUCAGAGAAAGGACUGAGAGAAGAGGUUCCUCCAGUGUUGCAGUAUCAGAUUCUGCAGUUGGCUUUAGAUCUCCCUGCAAGCAAGUUCUCCUGGUUCCGCCUACAGGAUGCUGCAGAUACUGAAUCAUCGUCUGGAGAGAAGUCGGUGCUUUAUCUCCUUCUCCAGAUGUUUGUCAGCAGCAGCAGCCACAUGAGAAACUCCACACAGAUGCUUGUUCUAAAAGUGCUUAAGGACAGCGGUGUGUUUGAGUAUAACUGGACUGAGCUUGAGCUCUGGCUUGAUCAGCUGGCCAGAGUAGAGCCAGACCAACAAGAGAUUGUCAUCCACUUCUUGGAGAGGGUGUUGGUGAAACUGGUGUGCAGCUCUUACACGUACACAGAUAAGGUUGCCAGCCUGGUGCAGGAGGCAGCUUACCUGCAAGCUAACCUGAGCAGCCAGGAGGGUGACGCUGUCAGUAUCCCUGUCUCUCACAUAGAUGAUGUCUUAGACAUGCUGGAUGUCAUCAUGGAAGGUAAUGACGGUGAGAUGGAGGAGUUUGGUCCAUCUCUGAGUGAAGACCUCAUCAUUCAAACCUUCCCCUUCAGUGUGGUGGUACCUGCCGCUCUGGAGGCCCGAAACAAACUAGCAGCAAACCAAGGAGUUGUGUAUGAGUACUUGUCUGCUGUGCUGGCUGAUGUGCUGCACUGUCAGAGAGAGCCGCUGCCCCUCUGUCUGGCUCUGCUGCAGUAUGACAAAGAGCUCGCAUCCUCCAACCCCUCUGCUUCUCCUCAUCCUGCCAUCAAACACCUUCAUCAGUAUUACUCCAAUUGGCUGCCACAGCAGCACAAGGAGGAACUGUUCAAAUCUUCUGAAUGUCUUUCAAAUGGAUUGCCAACUGCUAAUUCAUACACCUCGCUGAUGAAAGCUGCGUAUAGCCAAGGGCCGAGCGCUUUGCUCGAGGACACCUUCAGGAAGAAUGUGGAAGAAACUCUAACUUUAAUGUCUGUGGAGGAGUUCCCAGUAGCAAUCAAGCAGAUCUUGCUCUACAUCAAAUCAACUGUGGAAAACUUUGGCACGUUUUCCAAAGACAUGGGGGCUGGCCUUUUGAAGACCUUAAUGGGACAACUCCAGGAUUUGAUGACUAAGCUACAAGGCUUUCAGGGGACCAAAAAGUCUGAGCCAGCAUCAACAGCAGCAGCAGCAGAGAACUUCCAAGACGGAUCAGACCUUUUCCUGGAACUCAACCAGUCGCCUGCAGUAGAAGCCAGUGAAGAGCAGAUCCUUGUUUCGGCCCUUGGCUCAAUCUUCAAACAUCCGUGUUUGGAUCAGUGGUUUCUGGCUCUGGAGUCGUCGGCUUUGCCUCCUCAUACUCUGAACCCUGUCAGACUGAAGCAUCUGUGUGCUCAGCUGACUGAAGACACUCUGGCCCUGCUGGAGACCAGCGCCCCCAUCCUCCGUGAUCUGAGUCACCUGGAGCUUCUGUGUGGCUACAUGGGGACGAUAGAAAGAGUUGUUGUCAAGGAAUUAAUGGAGAACAGCUCUCAGGCUGCAAAGACACAGUCCAGACCUGUUCAGGCCCUCUUGUCCCUGCACAGCUACAUGGACCCUGGUAAUCUUAGAGAGGUGGUCUCCAAGUUGCUUCUCCUCCCCCGGGAGAGCCUCAUCUCUUCUGGCAGCAAGGGCACACGUGCCAAGCUUAGUGUCUAUGGUAAUGCCGCACUGCAGAUCCUCACAGAGUGUAAAUCCAACCCCUCCCAGGACCACAGCACUUUUCUGACACAGGCGCACCUCCACGGCCUGAGCACGCUGCUGUUGUCCUGCUCCAGCCCUGCGCUGGAAGCGUUCCUCUAUCAGGCGUUGUCUGGCGAGCCAGGCAGUGCCAAACUCAUCCACACAGAUGUGCUGCUACACUGUCUCCAGCAGCCUCUCGCCCUCAGCUCUCUGCUGCUGCAGAACUCCUCCACCCACCGUCUCUGCUUUGAAUUGUGGUGUCUAGAGCCUGCAAACAUGGAGAAGCUCUUCAACCAGACAGAAACAUUCCUUCCAUUGAUCAACACCUACUUGCAGGUGGCAGGUAGAGAGGACCCAGCCAGACCCAAAGAUGUGCAAAAAGCAGUUUUGAAAUCCCUAAAGACGGCACUGCUGGCCAAAAUGUCCCAAUGUGUUUUGGGAAGCCUGACAGAUGUCUGUGGAGCCCAGCCUGCUGAGACACUCGCCUGUCUGAUCAAACUCUCUGCAAACAUCAAGGACGUCAGGGAUUUGAUAGAAAAUCUGCCCAGUGCCCUUCAAAAAGUGGACAGUUUUGAAAGAUGGCAACUCGUUGAAGUUCUCACUGAGAAACUGGCUGAUUGCCCAGAAGAUCUAGAAAACUGGAGGAGGUCCGUCACAGCCGCUGCCCUCAAGUGUCUCAUCACCUCUUACAGUCACUGUAAAGAUCAGGCUGCUUCUCCAUCAGAGCAGGAGCAGAGCAUCCUGGAAAGACUGCAGAGACUCCUAACAUCGGCCGAAGACAUCCUCGCAUCUGAAUGGAACAGUUUUGUCAAGAAUGGACUGAAAUAUCGCUACAGAGAUCAUCACUUCCUGAACACUUUGAGCAGCCUUUUGGAUCUGAUGUAUGGCGGCAGUGAAGUCCAGAAGGAUCUGAUACCUUUAUCGACACUUCACAUGAUGACAAGCAGCCAUUCGCUGUUCCUGCCCACCAUGCUGGACCCUGAUGAAGAGCCGAGCAGAUGUCAGGCUAAAGAAGCGUUGGUGUCCCUUCUUCUCUGUCUGGUGAAGAAAUGCCCAGCAGUGUGUAACACCAGUCACUUUGUUGUACUUUUGGGAGCUUAUGGAGCUACACUGAACGUUUCAGAUCAGAAACUGUUACUGCUCCUUCAAGAAUAUGAAAGAAACCAUGUCAGUCUGCUGAAGUUCCAAUCCUUCUUGUGGGGCCCAGCAGCUGUGGAGCAUCACAAGACCAGGACAAGCCUGGGAGCCUCUCUAUGGAAGCAGGCGAGCUCAGACGACCUGUUGGCCCUGCUGAAUACUGAAAGGAUGCUCCAAACCAUUGCAAAUUUUCCCCAACAACGCAGAAUCAUCCCGCAGGAAGGCAAGGAGAUGCUGUAUAGCAAUAAAACAGUGACGGACCUUGGGAAUUUAUAUGAUCCAUGUUUUUUCUUGCCUCUCUUCAGUGCCAUACUGCAGCCAGAGUGUGUGAUUGACUGCCCCAAGUUUGUAUCCAGCCACGCUCUUGGAUUAACCGUGAUGGCUCUAAGUAGCUACGACCCGAAGGUGAGGGCAGCAGCGUACCACGUGCUGAGCUGCUUCUACCAACACCUGGAGGGCGCUCGGUUCAGGGAGAAGAGACAGCUUCUUUACUUGAUGGACACAGUAAAGAAUGGAAUUCAACAGCAUAAUCAAAGACUGUCAUUUGUCAUGACCACUUACAUCAGUAAAGUGGCUCAGCAGAUGCUAAAACCUGAGGACCACAUGUACGUGGUUUUAAACCGGUUUCUACUGUCACAUCAGAGUUUGGACUUCAGAAGAGUCCCUGAGUUCUUCAAGCUGUUCUAUGGUUUUGACAUGGAGCACAAGAUGGAACGCGAGUGGAUCCUGAGUGUGCUGGAGGAAGGGAUAGGCGAUGGACACUGUUACGAAUUGUGCGAGCGACAAGGCAUCUUUCAGAGCCUGUUAGGCUUCAGCAGCAGUCCCCUGUGUGAUGAACAUGCCCAGGCUCAGAUUAUCCGUGUGUUGUGCCAGGCCGCCCGAGUCACCAAAGCAGCUUAUAACCUCACCAAAAACUGUGGGGUCCUGACCUGGAUGAUACAGGUAGUUGAAAAAAGGAAUCGAGACCUGCAUCUGCUAAGUGCCAUCAUAGAUCUGCUCCAUGCGCUGUGGUUUACUAACCUUGGGCAGAAGGAGAUGCAGGUGGAUGAAGCCAAAACCUCCUCAUCCACAGAGGAGAAACCUCAGAGCACAGUGAAGGUUCUCCCAUUCCCACUCAUCAGCGAAUUCCUGUGUGUGACAUUAACCAUCAGCAGACACCUCAGGUUGGGUGUGAAGGCCGCUCAGCUCGGCCUGUUUCUGCAGACCCUUUGCUCCAUACUGAAGCAUCGCGGGACGGCUCUCAGCGUAAAAAAAGACGCUGAGCGAUUCGCACUCCUCCCGCAGCCUCUCUCCUGUGCUGAAGCCCUCAUCCUGCUCCUCUGCUGGGCCUCCCUGUCAGGCAACAAGCCACUCUGUACCCAAAUACAAAUCUUGUCCGAAAAGCACAAAGUGAAGGAGUUGUUGGGGAUGGGGAAAGAUAAGGGCAGAAGUAAAGGCUCCUUUUCCCAGGCCUGCACGCAAAAAGACAACCUGGCCAAGGAGGCCGAAUUUGAGAGCCAAGGAGAGAGUCUCCUGGCGGAGAGUGAAUUUCACCUCAGCAGUAUCCUCCUUCACUGGGAGCCUGUGCUUCUGCUCUCUGAACCCCAGAAGGUUCAGCCAAGAGACAAACUGGAUCCCAGUCAGUUGGCCAAUGAUACUGCACACCUGCUCACCAAGUGGUCCCUGAGGUGCUUGGUGGAGGGCUCGUACGAUGAGAACAGAACAAAGGACUUCUUGCACUGGCUCGAAAAGGCUGUGAUAAAACACAAGGAAAUUAUAGAUGUCGUGUUGCUCGAUCCCGCUUUGAAAUCUGACCUCCUACGACUCUACCACCAGACCUUUGAAGCUCAGAGCGUUUCCAGCCUUUCAGCAAGAGUGGAAACCUUCCAGCGAUUUACCAGCAUUAUGGUAUGCUUACUUGAGACCCACGGCCAACUUCCAGAGAUGCAUCAUGCAGUUGUGUCCGCCUGCCAGCCAAAGGACACUAAUGAUCCAUCUAGAUGUGAUGCAGGGCUGCAUCUGUUGCUGCUGUACAUUCAUGAGCAGUGGAGUGGAGCCACAUCAGCAGAGCUGUUCUUGUCUCAUGUCAGUUUGGUGACCGGAGCCAAGUGUAAGAAGAAACAGAAAACAUCCAAAGAACCACAAACAGCCCUCAGAGCCAUGUGUAAUAACAUCAUCACCUGGAAGAGUUAAACACACCUUCGGAACACAACUGUGUUCAUUUAAAGAGACCUCAUUUAAAGAAUGCUUGUUUUUUUUGUUCUUAUAAAAACCCCGUUAUAAAAUGACAAAUGUCCAAAAUUUGUAAAUGCUUUUUGCAACAUAUGUAUUACCUUUUUUUAGUCUCUAUCAGUGUGUGAAAAAUUAGUGUUACAAUACAAAAGGUGUUUUGUAGUAAAUUCAAGAAGAAGACAGUGAACCUACCAUCACAAUGACUUGCAAUGAUAUACCUGAGCCCUCAUUUUCCUUUUAACACACACCUGUUUCUUGCGAACUUACUAAAGUAAAAUCUCAAAUGUC